CAGGAAUGACUGCACACACACACCCUCACACACUCACACACACACACUCAGUCGUGCAGCUGUGUGUCAGGAGUUUUCUGCUCAUCUCUCAGUCAUGCUGUCCUUGGCCGCCCUCUCGCUCCGUCUUGGGGCCUCUGGUUGCCAAGGAAGCAGGCGCUCCAUGGCAACCAUCAUCUCCGGCAACAAGACGUCCAAGUUGGUGAGGGAGAGGCUUAAGAUGGAGGUGGAGAAGAUGAAGAGUCACUUCUCAGGGUUCAGACCAGCUCUGGUUGUCUUACAGGUGGGGGACCGAGACGACUCCAACCUCUACAUCAGCUCCAAACUGAAGGCUGCAGCCGAGAUUGGAAUCGAUGCGAAACACGUAAGGCUGCCCAACACGGCAACGCAAGACGAGGUCUUGCAGAGCAUCAUGUCCAUUAAUGAGGACAUGUCUGUCCACGGCCUGAUCGUCCAGCUGCCUCUGGACUCCGUCAACCCCAUCAACACUGAACUCAUCACCAACUCUGUUUCUCCUGAGAAAGACGUGGACGGUCUGAGCUGCAUUAAUGCAGGGAAGUUGUCUCGAGGUGAUCUGAAUGACUGUUUCAUCCCAUGCACCCCCAAUGGCUGCAUGGAGCUCAUCAGACAGACAGGUGUGUCUGUGGUGGGGAAACAUGCAGUUGUGAUUGGUCGCAGUAAAAUCGUCGGAGCUCCGAUGCACGACCUGCUGCUGUGGAACCACGCCACCGUGACCACCUGUCACUCAAAGACACCAGACCUACCUGAGCAGGUGGGCCGGGCUGACAUCCUGGUUGUGGGGGCAGGGAGAGCAGAGAUGGUGAGAGGAGAGUGGGUGAAGGAGGGAGCUGUGGUCAUCGACUGUGGAAUCAACCACAUACCAGAUGAGAUGAAGGCGAGUGGUAAACGGGUCGUUGGGGAUGUCCACUAUGCUUCGGCCAAUCAGAGAGCGGGAUUCAUCACACCUGUUCCAGGAGGGGUGGGGCCAAUGACGGUGGCCAUGCUCAUGGAGAACACGGUUCAGAGUGCUCAGCGUUUCCUCCUGAAGAAUCAGCCGAGGAGGUGAGACAGGAAACACUCGAAGGGAUGUGACUGAACACAGGAAGACGACAGCAGGUUCAACGUUCACAAUCACAAAGUAAGAAACAGGAUUAAAGUCCAUGUGUCACCUGUCAGUCUGAGCUCGGGGCAGCACUCAGCAGGAUGAAGAACAGUCUUUGACCUUUAAACUCCUCUGAAACUCUGUUUGGCCAGGGAUCAGAGGUUGUUGUCAUGGAUACAGAGACAUUCCAGCUGUCAACAUUAACUGACCAAAUAUCUGAUUGAUUUAAUGAUGAUCGACCAAAACUGUCUGAUGUUUAAUGAACUCUUUAAUGCUGCACAAAUCUUUUACAUAAAUGUGAUGUCAUGUACAAUAAUAUGAUCAAAGCUUCAGGUUUCCCCUGUUAUCUCAGUUUCACAUCUCCUCAGUCUGCAACACAUGAAUCAAUAAAGUUUGAGUUAAACAUU